AGCAGUAGUAGUGAAGCUGUGAGAGUUUGAAACAAUGAAAAGCCUUAACAAAGAGGUAUGGGUUAUGGUCAUAAUAGCUAUAGUUUCCUUUCUCUUCCUGGUGGGUGGAACAAGUGAUUGUACCACUGUUGCAGCACUCCUUACCACUUGUUCCAACUUCAUCUCUUACGGAACACCGGAUCCCGUGCCGGGAUCUUCCUGCUGCAAUGCUCUUGUGAGUCUCAAGAUCAUGGCUGAAUCCACCAGAAGCAAUCAGAAAUUGCUGUGCAGAUGCUUGAUGGGGCUUAUCAUUACUUAUAAUACAAAUGCCACUGCUAUAGCUACUAUGCCUGGUUUAUGUGGAGUCUCUAUAGGCUUCACUAUUGACCCUAAUACCAAUUGCAACUAGCAAUUAUAUCUCGUUCUCUCUAUGGGUAAUUGUAACUAUUUCUUCAUUUCAUUC